UUGGUUUGUUUUCCUGUAGAAUGUUUGGCAAAUUCUGACGAUCUUGUGGGUGAAAAGUUCUUGAACAACGAGUCAUUAUCGGUGGAAGAUAUUCACGCGGCAAUUAGACGGUGCACAAUUAAGCGGUGUUUCGUUCCAGUUUUUUUGGGUAGUGCCUUGAAGAAUAAGGGUAUUCAGCCGAUGGUUGAUGGUAUUGUUCAGUAUUUGCCAAACCCGUCGGAGGUGGAAAACAAAGGGACCACCGUGGAUGUGAAGAGUGGGGAUGAAAAGACUGUUAUUUUGAACCCUGACCGAGAUGAAAAAAAUCCAUUUGUUGGCUUGGCUUUUAAAUUGGAGGCUGGGAAAUACGGACAGCUGACGUAUUUCCGAGUUUAUCAAGGAAAAUUGACUAGAGGAGAUGUUAUUAUUGCUUCUAAAGAUAGGCGGCGUGUUCGUGUCCAGAGGUUAGUCCGCAUGCAUGCGAAUAAGAUGGAGGAGAUAGAAAUGGCAUAUGCUGGAGAUAUAUGCGCAACAUUUGGACUGGAUUGCCAUUCCGGGGAGACUUUCUGUGGGAGAGAAGACUCGCUGCUGUUUUGUGAAUCGAUGCAUAUACCCGACCCUGUUAUUUCAAUGUCUAUAAAACCAGUUAACAGUAAAGACGGUGACAGUUUUAUGAAGGCGUUAACUCGUUUUGCUAAGGAAGAUCCAACGUUUUUGAAAACGUACAAUACGGAAGCAAAGGAAACAGUAAUUUCAGGGAUGGGAGAAUUGCAUUUAGUUAAAUUGAUUAUUCAUUAUAAUUAUUUUUUAAUUGAUUUAGUUCAAGCGUUCUAUUACCGUCAUAAAAAACAAACUGGUGGGCAAGGACAAUUUGGAGAGAUUGAAGGUAUUAUGGAGCCACUACCUUCAGAACAUAACACUGAAAUUGUUUUUGCGGAUGAAACUUAUGUUAACAGCUUGAAGGGUUUGGAUAUGAUUGUCGUGGAAGGGCCACUAAUAAAAGCAAAGGUUUCUGGAAUUAAAGUACGUAUUCAAGAUGGAAAAACUCAUAUGGUAGAUUCAACCGAGAUCGCUAUGAUUAAUACUAUGAUGAACAUGAUGAGAGAAGGCAAGUUCUUCUUUAAACUUUAUUGGUUAAAUAACUUGUUUUCUAUUAACAUGUUGGAUUUGCAGGGUGAUGUUGUAAAUUCACUUACACAGAGGAGUGGUAUUAUGACUGGCUCAGAUUCGAACGAUGGCUAUGUUACUGUUACUGGCGAAGUUCCUCUCAACAACAUGUUUGGUUACAUGUCCUUGUUGCGGACGGUUACAGAGGGUAAAGGCGAGUUUACAAUGGAGUACUUGAGGUACCGCAACUUUGACCUUGAGUUCUUUUCAUACUUUUUCCCUCCUUUGUACGCACGAACUUCUGCAGAAACACAAGAAAAAAUUAUAAACGAGUAUAGACUAAGAAGUGGCUUUGUUGAUCCCAACGGUGAGAAGAAAAAGAAGAAGAAGUGA